AUGUCACCUUCUGCGGUCGAAACUGUCCCUACAGGGACCAACAAUUGGUGGAAGGAGGCCACAAUCUACCAGGUCUACCCGGCAUCCUUCAAGGACUCCAACGGUGAUGGCUGGGGUGAUAUACCCGGUGUUAUCGAGAAAGUGCCCUAUUUGCAUUCUCUGGGUGUCGAUGUAGUCUGGCUCUCGCCCAUGUACGACAGCCCUAUGCUGGACAUGGGGUAUGAUGUCUCGGACUAUGAGAACGUCUUACCCGCUUACGGAACCGUCGCGGAUGUCGAGAAACUAGUCGAGGAGUGUCACAAGCAUGGAAUGAGACUCAUUCUGGACCUUGUUGUUAACCAUACGAGUGACCAGCACAAGUGGUUCCAGGAGAGUCGAAGCAGCAAGGACAAUCCGAAGCGAGAUUGGUAUUUCUGGAGACCGCCUCGCUAUGAUGACAAGGGGAAUCGCCUGCCGCCGACUAAUUAUCGAGGGUAUUUUGCUGGAAGUACCUGGACAUGGGAUGAACAUACCCAAGAGUAUUACCUCCACCUAUACGCCAAGGAACAACCUGAUCUGAACUGGGACAACCCAGAAACACGCAAAGCGAUAUACGAUAGUGCCGUCCGCUUCUGGCUCGACAAGGGAGUCGACGGAUUCCGGGUGGACACUGUGAACAAGUACAGCAAAUACACCGAUUUCCCCGAUGCCCCGAUCACAGACCCGAAGAGCUACAUUCAGCCAGCCAUCGGAAUGUGGUGCAAUGGUCCACGGAUUCACGAGUUCAUUCGCGAAAUGUAUGACGAGGCAUUAGAACCAUAUGGCGAUGUGGUCACCGUUGGAGAGCUUGCGAAUUGCCCGGACCCUGCGCAUGUGCUGAAAUACGUAGGCGCCUCUGCCAAGCAGCUCAGCAUGGUCUUUCACCUAGACAUCGGGCAUAUCGGUAUGGGUAGCCUGGAGGACAAGUAUAUCCUGCACCCCUGGAAGUUGACGGAGAUGAAAUCCAUCGUGGCCAAGUGGCAGACGUUUAUCGAAGGCACCGACGGCUGGACGACUGCCUUUUGUGAGAACCAUGACAACGGCCGGUCUGUAUCGCGAUUUGCGUCGGAUGCACCAGAGUUUCGUGAGAGAUCAGCAAAAAUGCUCGCGCUUAUGAUGAUGGCGAUGACCGGGACGUUGUUCCUCUAUCAAGGGCAAGAGAUCGGGAUGAUCAAUGCUCCUCGCGACUGGCCAAUCGAGGAAUACAAGGACAUCGAGGGUCUGGGGUACUACCUUGAAGCACAGAGCCAGGUUGCGAGUGGCGUGGAUCCGACUCGAGAGGAACGAAUCAUGGAUGGACUUCGCGUGCUGGCUCGCGAUCACUCUCGACUCCCAAUGCAGUGGGACGAUUCUCCUCAAGCUGGCUUUACGACAGGAGUGCCGUGGAUGCGGACACACGAUCUAUACCGAGAGAUCAAUGUCAAGAAGCAAGAGACGGAUCCGGACAGUGUGCUUUCGUUCUGGAAACAGGCUCUGCAGCUGCGCAAGGAAUAUCGGCAGCUAUUUAUCCACGGCGCAUUUGAGGUGCUUGACUUUGACAAUCAGCAGACCUUUUGUUUCGUCAAGUCGAGAAGUCAAGACCGGGCGCUCGUGGUCUUGAACUUUACAGCGACUGCUCAGCCCUGUCCUCAACCAGAAAUGGUAGCACAGAUGAAGCUGCUAAUCAGUAAUUAUCCAGAUACUUCUGAGGGUGUUGAGAAAUUGCAGCCGUAUGAAGGGAGGAUAUAUGUGGCAGUAUAA